AUGACUACUUCAACUUCACCACCACGUUCGCAGGCUUUAGCCAAAGUCACCAGAUCAACCCACUCCGCGAGGCCAUCCCUAUCACUUGAUAUUGCCAACAUGCCCGCACUCUCCCAGCCAACCCCGCCUUCCAACACCCUCCUAAUCACAAACCUCCACGAUCUCCUCGUCUUCCAGCCCCCAGCCCUGGAAGAAAUCCGCAACCAAAUCACCGCAGUGGCACCACUAAACUCCUUCUCCCCGCUCCCUUCAAUGCGGCGCAUCGUCUGCUCCUUCCACAACGAGUCCGAUGCCACCGAAGUCCGCAAACUCCUAGACGGGAAGCGCCUCCUAGACCGUGACGUCUACCCACGGAUCUACUUCGGCGAGCCAACUGCAAUCCUCGACGGUGGUCGACCAAAACUUCUCGAAGCCCCACAAGUCUCCAAGAUGUUCUUCAUCUCACCGCCGCCCAGUCCGCCACACGGAUGGGUCGUGCGCAACGAGGACCCGCCCAACAAGGAAGUCCAUGCUACAGACCUGGCUCAGGCGCUGUCCCAGCUCAAUACCGAUCAAACCCAAUCUGAGACGGUCGAUCCUGCCACGCCGGUGUCUAUCUCUUCUGACAAGCGCACGUCUAGCUGGCCCGCAAGUGGCUCUCGGCAGCGUAGCAGGAGCAGCACCAUUAUCUACAACCCCGAAGACCAUGGUGACAGUCCUAACCUUCCGGCGGUUAUGGUUGAGGAUAUGACGACGGAUAUGGAUGUGGAUAUGGAUGCUGAGAUGAGUCCGAUUGAGAUGUCGGUUAACCAAUUGCCGCCUAAGACUUCUCGGCCGCCGGUUGAGUUGAUGGAGUAG